AUAUAUAUAUAUAAAUUAUAUUCACUGGUGCAAGUAAUUGAUGACCACCCCAGCAUUAAAAUGCUGCCAGUGAACUCUACAAUAUCUAAGCCAUCAGACUCACCUGUGGAGUGGAAAAAAUGUAAAGAAAAAUAUGGCAGGGGACGAAGGUCUAAAGAGGAAGUCGAUAGCAGGUAGACCGGGCGGAAGAGGAGCGUGAUGGGAGGGCACGGUGGUCGAAGAUGAUAAAAACCCGCGAAGAAGAGGAGGAGACACGUAGUGUUGCUUUCAGGAGCUGAACGACAACAGCUCGGAGAUGCCCUCGAAGACGAUCGUUCAUCUGGUGAUCGCCUGCGGCCUUCUCAGCCGUAUUGAAUCUGCAAGUCAAUAUCACGUGUUAUCACAAUUUGGACAGAGUAAUCAAGUGGAUCAUAGUAUAUCGUCGAGGCAACAUUCCUCUUGUCCAGAGAAGAAUGGUCGUUUUCCAGUUCCUUCCCAGUGUGACGCUUAUAUAGAAUGCAUCGAUGGAGUUGCUGAAGAAAAGCUGUGCCCAGAGGGUUUGUUGUUUAAUCCAGAUGCGAGAUUCAAUUAUCCCUGUGGGUAUCCCAUAGAUAUUGACUGCGAGGGCAGACAGAGUAGACAGGCACCUCAGCCAACAGACGAUUGCCCUCAUCAAUAUGGCUACUUCAAGGUCGGAGAUCACACCCAUUGCGGUCAGUUCGUGAACUGUGCAGCGGGUAUUGGGUACAAAUUUGAUUGUCCCGAGGGAUUAGCUUUUAAUCCUGAGAGUUAUCGGUGCGAUUGGCCCGAUCAAGUUCCAGACUGCGACGCCGAAGCAUUCUUGGGCUUCCAAUGUCCGGAGGAUACGUCCAACUCUUAUUACGGCAAUGAGAUCAAGUUUUACCGUAGCCCCCACGACUGCCAGCGGUAUUACGUCUGCGUGAAUGGCAAGCCGCGAUUACAGAAUUGCGGAGAAGGAAACGCGUUCAACGAGUUGAUCAAUGCCUGUGACGGUGCAGAAAAUGUCACAGGAUGCGAACCACCGGAAUCGACGAUCUUGGACAGAACGAAGAAACCAUUACGCUUAUGAUCCCUUUAAUAACCUCACCUGAUCUAACCGCGAUGUAAAUAUGUAUUUUAUAAGUCGAUGCGUUGUAAAAAACCAUAUGAAUUAUUUGUUCUUGUAUCGUUUCUUAAUCGAAAAUAAAACAUUGUAAUUUCGAGAAUCAAA